CAGUGUUAAUCUGUCCUGAAAUAUUGGUAAUAAUAGUAUUAAUAAUUGUUAUUUAUUAUUUAAUUCAUUAAUGUCAUUUGCGUUUUUACUGUUUGGUUGUUUGGACAUAGUGUUUUUGACUUAUUGUAAAAUUGUGCCCAUUAACUGUUAUCAAAAGUCUGCGCAUUAUCGUAUUUGUCAUUUAUCCGGUUAUUAAAUUGUAUUUUCUUCAGUGAUCGUAGUAUUAUAUUUUCGGUUAAAGUAACGCUGCACGUGUCCAUUUCGAUCAUUGAUCAUAAAAUCAGUAGUCGUCACUCCUCGAGGUGCUGUCCAGACUAUUUUUGGUAGCUAAUAGCCAUUUUUUGUCACGCAACAUUCAGUGCCAUAUAAUAUUACUUCGGUGUAUCACAGGCCGAUUGCUGUCAAUAAUUUGAAGUAAACUACAUCAAUUGUCAUUAAAUCAGUUUUAUAUUCAUAACAGAAAUGGAUUCAUUAUGUAAAAGUGAUCAAAUGGAAGUUAUGAAUUCCGAUGUAAAUGCAACAACAUUUUAUGAAAAUAAAUCUCACACGGUUAAGGUAUUUGAGGUCCUACAAUCAUUACGCAAGGACAAAUUUUUAUGUGAUAUUAAGUUAGAAACUGAUGAUGGUGGAGUGGUAUGCGGACAUAAAGUUGUUUUAUUAUCUGCUAGUAAUUAUUUCCGUGCAAUGUUCACUAGUUUUGGGGAAAGGUAUGAAGAUGCUGUUAAAAUAAGAUAUUUAGAUUCCUACAUUUUACAGCUAUUGGUGGAUUAUAUAUACACUGGUAAAAUCAUGGUCAGCAAAAAAAAUGUACAGGUUUUGUUACCAGCUGCCAAUCUUUUACAGUUAGACUAUGUGAAAGAUGCAUGUGUUGAAUUUUUAAAAACGCAACUGGAUCCUACAAAUUGUUUUAGUAUCAGAGCAUUUGCUGAAUUACAUAACUGUUCGGAAUUGGUGUCAAGUUCUGAAGCAUACGUUCAAAAACAGUUUGUAGAUGUGGUUAAAGGCGAUGCAUUUCUAUCUUUAUCUUCCAAAGAAGUGAUUAAGUUAAUCUCCAAUAAUGUUCUUAAUGCCCCCGAAGAAAAAGUGUAUGAUUGUGUUAUUAAGUGGGUAAAACACAGAUUAGAUAUGAGACGUGGUAAUUUGCCUAAAUUAAUGGAGCAUGUUCGUUUACCGUUAGUAUCCAUUGGUUAUAUAUCAAAAAAAGUUGUUAAGGAACCUUUGCUUAAAAAAAGUCCUAAAUGUAAAAAAUUUGUAACUGAAGCUUUAUAUUUCCAUUCACUCAAGGCACAACAGAUUAUCAGUAUUCCACAAACAAUUCAAAAUACACCUAGAAAGUCUGGACAAAAAGUUAUUCUAGUGUUCAGUGAUUUAUUGGAAACCCACUGGUAUGAUCCUACAACCAACUUGUGGCAGACUUCACAAAAAUUUAGUUUGAUGGAUUAUGAUGAUUGUGUAGAUAAGUUAACUGUAAUUAAAGACUAUUUUGUGUUUAUCAGGGGUUCUACAAAGUCUGACGCAUAUGUUGCAAUUUUUAAUUUAUCUUUAAAACCCCCAAAAUUGGUAGUUUUGGAAAACAUGGCAGUUUAUAGAAUUGAAUUUGGAUUUGGUGUAUUAGAUGGUUGUAUAUACAUAGUUGGUGGAUGCGGAUUUCAAGGACAUUUGGAUAGUUCUGAGGUUUUUGAUAUCCAUGAUGAAAAAUGGCGAACGAUAGCUGAAAUGUCAACACAAAGAGCUAAUUUAGGUGUUGGAGUACUCAACAAUCUUAUAUAUGCAGUCGGAGGAUGUAGUGAAGAUGAUGAUUCAACAAUGAUGAAAUCUGUUGAAUGUUAUGAUCCCAGUUAUGACACAUGGACAGAAGUCGAAGAAAUGUCAGUAUGUCGUUUUAAUGUUGGUGUAGGUGUAAUGGAUGGUGUAAUGUAUGCUGUUGGUGGUGAAAAUGAAAAUGGAUGUCUUAAAAGUGUUGAAGCAUAUAAACCAAGUUCUGGUUGGUCAAGUAUUGCUGAUAUGCAUUUUCCUCGAAUGGGUUCUAGUGUAUUUCCAUUAGAUGGCUUGUUGUAUGUAGUGGGUGGACGAGAUGGCCAGUCAGAAAAGCAGUUGGAUUCUAUAGAAAUAUACAAUCCCAAUAUCAAUACCUGGUCCUUGGAGAAAAUGUCAGAGAAAAUGUCGAAGGAUAUCAUUGACAUUGUUGGUGGAGUAAUUGUUGAUAAGGAAUUAGUCACCAAAUUUAAUAAUUAAUUAGUAUGUAUGGUCCCGUUGUUCAUAUACUUUUAUAAAUUAUACACAAUGAUACAUAAAGUAAUGUUAUAUUGUA